CUCGACAACAAAGCGCCCCUACACGUCCAACGCCAACACUUUAACACUCGCUUGAACGGCCAGGCACUGGGGCCGUGAAUGUCGCAGCGGCUCUGGCGAAUCGUGCACACGAAUGGUGGCGCUACAACGCGAGCUCUCCGCGGCAGACGAACGACGGCGAUAUAUCCUACACGUGCGACUGGUGACGAGGCAACAGCCUGAUGCGACGUUCGACUCGCGUGAACGCUGAGCAGCCCCUCCCCCUGCUCUCCGAAAUUACACGUCUGCUCCCACCCGCGAGACGCCGAGUGCAGCUACCUGCUCUGUGCCCUAAGCAGACUCGUCCGAGGCGCCCGUAGCCCGAGAAGCGCCGCCGCCCUGGAACAAGCGACCCGAAGGGCAGGCCUCGCGUCGCCCGCUGGGGCUCGGUCGCCAUGGAUCUCGCCGUAACGUUGAUAAAGUCGGUCAUGCGGGCCUUCUAUCAGACGCGUGACAUUCUUGUAGUGGACGCUCUGAUUCUUCAUGAGGCCCUUCGCGAUGACGACCUGGCCUACCUUAUGGCCAUCAAUACCAAGGAUCUUCAUAAGAUCUGUGGCAAGCUACGGGAGGACCGUUUCCUUUCAGUGUAGAUGUUCCCAGCUGCUCUUGAGCCGUCCCAGCAGCGCGGCCUGCCAUUACUCGUUCAAUGGCUGACUUGACCGGGUGGCAGGCAUACGAGGCAAGAACUGCGCGAAGGCAAUCCGCGGCCGAGCAACCGAACAUGGUACUACAUCAACUACCGACACACCAUCGACGCCAUAAAAUGGCGGGUAUACAACAUCGACAAGGAAGUCCAAGGGAGCACUAUGCCGGCCAACGAGAAAAAGGAGUACUUUUGCACUUUUUGCAAAGCCGAGUGGACAGCCAUGGAGGUGCUCGACAAUGUUGGCCCCGAGGGUUUCCAGUGUCAUCGCUGCGGCCACAUCCUAACGUUCGAAGCGGACCGAAACUCGGGAGGCCAUGAGCAGUCGACCCGGCUCAAUGACCAAUUUAAAUUCAUCAGCGAGCUACUACCCAAGAUUGACGCGGUGCACAUUCCUGUCUGCGACUUUGACCGAGCGUUGACCAAGGCGCGCCCGGUGAUUCGGGAUGCAACACACCAACGCGCGGCGACGAUACCCGUCGAUGCCGGUGCGAAUAGACCCAUGGCUGUCAAGGGCCUCACAAACACGGGUCCGCAGUCUAUUGCCGUCAACAUCUCAACGUCAGCCGGCCCGUCGGAGGUAGAGAAAGAGGUGGAGCGACUACGCAAGGAGAAGAUUGCGCAGCAGAACGCGCUCCCAUCGUGGAUGUCUAACAGCACCGUCACGGGCGAGUCCUUUUCGGGCAAUGUGGCGACGGACGCAUCGGCCAUCAAGAAGGAGGUGGCCCAGGAUGCGGCUCCGGGCUUGCAGCCGGAGGAUGGCAACACAAGCGCUCACAUCGACGACAUCUUUGCGAAACUUAAGGCAGAGCAAGAAGCCGAGAUGGCAAGAGUGGUGGAUGACGGCGACGAUGACGAAUUUGGCUCGGAAGAGGAUGGCGAAGAUGAGUUUGAGGAUGUGCCGCCCACGGGCAAUAACUCAAGCCUAGGCACACCGGGGCUGGCUGGUCUCAAGCGUGACGCGUCGGACGGCGCCUCGAGUGAACAGGAUAGCGCCGAAGAGAGGAUGUCCAAGAGGGUCAAAGUUGAAACACAGGCGGAGGCUGAUCAGGGCGGGGCGGGAGGUGCCAACGCGGCAGCUGGUGAUGGCAAGGCUGGUGACGACGAUGACGAUGACGAUAUUGUCGAGGAUGACGAGGAGCUUGAGUUUGAGGAUGUCUAAGCCUCGACUAAGAAGGGCAACUGCUGUGGUAUGGCUCCCGAAGGGGUCGUCGCGUUUCCUGCGUGUCUACCAGAGCAGCCAAUACCUAGGUUCGACUCAGGCUCGUGGCCUUUGAAAUAGUAGAAGCAACCUGCCGCCAGGCCAACUAUCGCGACUUGUCGAGCUGGCAGGUGGAGAGGGCUUGCACAUAUUGGAUAAACCUUGAGACGAGCGUUUGGCGCGUCGCAGUUGUAUCGUAGUACGGUUGACGGCAAACGGGACGCUUCAUGAGGCGCUUUACCGUGUUUCGUGCGACAUGACGGUCAAUGACGAUACAUUAAGUUAUUAGUAGUAGUUAGAGGCGCCACCAUCCGUCAAGACGCGCCG